AUGAUGGUGGAUGCCGCCUUCGUGAUAGAGAUUUUGUUGAAGUUAUGUGGUCACUGUUUCAACCCAUUAGGAGUGGAUGACCACGAUAACAUCUCCAGCAAGUCCUGGAUAAUAAAUUAUAUUAUGCCAAACAUGCUCAAGUUGGAAAAUCAAGUGCUGUUUUGCAUCCUUGAGGAUCUUCUUGAACUACAGAGAAUCGCAGCCGUUGCCAUAAGUAACAUUUCUUAUGUCAUUCCUUCGAUGAUGAACCUCGCCUUUGAGUUCAUCAAUAUGGCAUUUAGUUUGACAAGCAUGAUAGGAGGGGAAGUGAAAGCUGUAAGUGCACCGAGCAUCUCCGAACUACAGAUGGCUGGAGUAAAAAUUGUGUGGGAAUCAAGCACAAGCUUAUCUGCCAUACGAUUCGUGGACAGAAUUCUAGAAAUUCCAAGAUUAUUGAUUCACAAUGGUAGUGAGCUUUUGUUUAGAAAUAUUGCUGCCUUUGAGCAAUGUCAUGGCUGCUCUUCUUACGUAAACAAUUAUCUUUCCAUCUUGAAUGAUUUUGUGAACGUACCGAUGGAUGUGGAGUUGCUUAUUAAGAAAGGAAUUUUUAUAAAUAUGCUAACCGACCACAAUGAGGUGUCUACUCUGAUUAACGACCUUGGCAAAGGGGUUGUCAUCUCAGACUUCUAUUUUGGAAGUGUUUGUGAGGAGUUGGACUGCUACUUGAAAAGGCCGUGGAUCAAAUGGAAAUCCACUUUGAAGAGACAUUUUUUCAAUUCUCCUUGGGCAACAAACGAGAUUACCACAUUCGCAUGCCGGAAAGAUUAUGGAAUUGGAGCUAACUUUUCAUCCAUCCAAUGGAAAUGGGUCCCUAGGCAAGCCAAUAAAACAACUCAUGAUCAAUCUGAAAGAGGCCUUCAUGUAGGGGUCAUCAUUCGGUCCGUGAGCUCAUGGGCUAAUGAGGGCCUGCCUAGCUCAUCAAGAAAAAGCCUGGGCCGACCUAUUGUGGGCUAUGGACUAGGCUUGGGUUUGGUUGUCUAA